GUGUACCAAUUAUACUCAGCAGGGAGGGGGAGCUAGAGCUGGGAGGAACACGCACGCCGAAUAACUUGCUGUCGCCUGUCACUUGCGGAGGAACAAGCCAUGGACAGCGAGGAUGAAACAGUGGAGGAGACGGUAGACGGUCUUUUGGAUGAUGAUGGAUUACCUCACGGGUUUUGCACUGUCAACUACAGCUCGACUGAUCGGUUUGAGGGGCACUUUGUACAUGGAGAAAAAAAUGGACGUGGAAAGUUCUACUUUUUUGAUGGAAGCACAUUGGAAGGUUUUUAUGUUGAUGAUGCACUUCAAGGCCAAGGGAUUUACACCUAUGAAGAUGGAGGCUCGCUUCAUGGCACUUAUGUGGAAGGGGAGCUAAAUGGUCCAGCUCAGGAAUAUGACACCGACAGAAAACUCAUCUUCAAAGGACAAUACAAAGAUAAUGUCCGGCAUGGCGUAUGCUGGAUAUAUUAUCCAGAUGGCGGUAGCCUUGUGGGUGAGGUGAAUGAAGAUGGAGACAUGACAGGAGAUAAGAUCGCUUAUGUCUACCCAGAUGGUAGAACUGCACUUUAUGGGAAGUUUAUUGAUUCUGAAAUGCUCGAAGGGAAAUUGGCAAUUCUUACUUCAGUUGAUGAAGGAAAGCCCCACUUUGACCUGGUUCCAAGUGGAACAGUUUAUACUUUUGAUAAAUCAACUCCCUCCUGUAUUUCAAUAAAUCCUCUGCUCCCAGACCCAUAUGAAUCAGAAAGAGUAUAUGUUGAUGUCUCUUUGAUACACAAUGCUGGAGAAGGCCUCUUUGCUAAGGUUGUGUCAGCGGCUCAGACUGUAAUGUCAUUUUAUAAUGGUGUACGGAUUACACAUCAAGAGGUGGAUAGCAGAGAAUGGGCCCUAAAUGGAAACACAAUCUCUCUAGAUGAUGAAACAGUCCUUGAUGUGCCAGCACCAUACAACUCAAAUAGCAAAUAUUGUGCAUCUCUGGGACACAAGGCAAACCAUUCCUUCACACCCAACUGUAUGUAUGAUACUUUUGUCCAUCCUCGCUUUGGACCCAUCAAGUGCAUCCGAACUAUUAAAGCUGUGGAAAAGGAGGAAGAACUCACCGUGGCCUAUGGAUAUGACCAUAACAUCACAGGGAAAAAUGGCCCAGAGGCACCUGAAUGGUACCAGCAGCAGCUGAUGGAAUUUCAAGCUACUCAACAAAAGUGAACAGUUGUUUGUUUCAGUACAUUGAGUAAUAGGAUCUGUGCAUUACACUUCUACUGAAGACCAAUGGUCCCAAGAUUAACCAUUUCCACAGAUCUCCAGGCAGAUACAUUUUCUAGACUAGAAUAUUAAAAUAACUGUUCCUGUAGUCAUAUUAUGUCAUAGCUUUGUGAUGCUGUUUUAACCUUAUGAGGAAAAAAUGCUAUUUAACAGGUAGCGUUCAUUUAAAAAAAAUUUCUAAUAAUUUUUUCCAAUGCCAAACAUUUAGAAGGAAAUAAAAAGUCAUUCUGGACAGUUUUUUUUCUUAGCUAUGUAUACAUUUUAGGGCUCAAUAUACAGACCUUUUUCGUGUAUACAUGCCUAUUGUGAUGGUUACAAGAUAACUGUAUUUUGAUAUUCUAGAUUACACUAGUAGAACUUUUGCUGUUGAGGCUUUCUUGUUGAUGCAACUGAUUUGAUCGUUUUUGUUUUAUUAAUGAUUCUGUGGAAUUCUUUACUCAUGUUGCUGGAAUAUUUAUUUUAUUAUGUUGUGUGCCCAUAAAACAGUGUUGAGAGAAAAUUAGGGCGAAGGGGAAAACAUUUUUACUUCCUUAUUUUGUGACAAAAAGUCAAGUGAUUUCCCUUCCCGCCUCUAAUUUGCAUAUGCAAAUUCGGAUUCAGUUAGGCAGAAAUAAUCUUUCUGUAGGGAAGCACAGAAAACAUAAAAUUUUUAAAGUCAGGGGCAUGUUUCUGUGCCAGUUGUCUAUUUACAAUCAAUUUAAGAUACAAUCUGUUUUAUUUAAUAAGGUUUAUGGGAAAACCGUUGGGGUUUAGUAGAAUAUCAGGACCCAGUGAGAUAAUUUAAAGGAAAACUAUACCUUAAUAAUGAAUACUUAACUGAAAAAAAUGUAUAUAAUCAUAAGUGACAUUUGAAAGAAUAUUAAAAUAUAUAUAUAUAUAUAUAUAUAUAUAUAUAUAUAUAUAUAUAUAUAUAUAUAUAUAUAUAUAUAUAUAUAUAUAUAUAUAUAUAGUUUCUGAGUACAGUGAAUCUAUUUAGGAUCGAUUAUACAGUGGCACAUACUACCGUGUACUAGAAGAGUAUAUUUUUAUUAAAAUGGUUUGUUAAAUGAAGCCGUGUUGAUGGUAUGUGAUGUAUUUUUAUUGGAACCUGAGUGCAGGGGUACAGUUUCCUUUAAUGCAAGAAUAUAGGUCACUCUAAAGGCUUCAUAACAUUCUCUCAGCAAACAUUUUGUAUUGCAUUGGUUGUUGUACAUGAAGUACAGUAACAAGCUCAUUUGCAUAACCCUAAUUUUUUUUUCAGCGGUAGGAAGUAGAGCACAUUAAAUAAUGGCAAACGAGUUGGGGAUCCAGUUAGCUCUGAUCAAGCAGAGAAGACAGCAAGGAAAGGUUUGUGUUCUUACACUACCUGUACUAUAUUAAAACAAACGUAUGUCUCAUUUUAUUUUUUUAUUUUUACUUAGCUAUUAGUUGUAACGCUCUACUAUUUCUUUCAGUUGAACUGAUGCUUGUAAAUUGGAUGGGAAUAAAAUGUCCUUUUAUAAGA